AUGACUGACGGAAAUUUAAUCAUGGCUUCUGCAAAUGGGUUGAUAGAUAAAUCAAAGGAACUCCAAAAGGAAAUCCUUAUGGAGAAAUUGAGAUCUAAAACAUCUCAAUUCAAAAAUUUGUCUGAGACCUCUAAAGCUGUGAGAAUGGCGAUGCUGGAUAAAAGAUGGGGUGUGGACAGCGCAGAUAGAAUGAUACUCCAAAAAUGUCUAGACAGCUUACAACAUUGUAUAAAAAUUACUUCACUGCAAAGUCUUAUAGAAAGGCUUGAAUGUCUUUCAAGACAACUUGGAUUGAAAUUUGUUGUGGGGACAUCAGGCGUGAAUCUCUUUAUAUCAUCAGAUAUGUUUUAUUUAGAAAUCCUUGUUGAAUCAUCUGGAGGAGUUAAAGAUGUCAAAAUUCAUCAUGAAGGCAGGAUAGAGCAGCAAAGUUGUGAAGAACUGGUAAAUUGUAUAUCAAGAGGAGACUUUGCCGACUUUACCGCUCAGUUGGAGGGACUUACUGCUGUGUAUCAACUCAAUGCAGAAAAAAAGGUGAAAUGUAAAGCAUUCAGUGCCCUUCAGAGUCUGGAAGAAGAUCUUUGCACUUUACGACAUCUUCAGAACUACAUCAAGGACCCUUGGGCACAGGUUCAUAAGAGUCCCAUUGGUUUCCUACAAAAACGAAGAGGAGGUCACGCAAUGCGACUGACGUAUUUCGUAUCGCCGUACGAGCUGCUAGACAAAGAUAAAGGCUUACAGCCCCUCACUGUGGAUCUUCUUACAUUGGGCAAGCCAUCUGCUUCCAAUGGAUUAGCGUCGCUAGUGGCUCCCUCACACACCCCUAUAGGACAGUCGGCUACAGUGUUACUCGAAGGUUCUACUGCGAAUAAACUGCAGCUAUCGGCUAUUAUAUCAAACGGAGCACGAUCAGGAAAAGGAAAUGUUCCAAUAUAUGCUCAAUUGGUGCCUCAGAACAGUGCGAUGCUGCCCGCUUGUUUCACGUUGAAGCUCUCACAGCCCACACCGCUUUGCUCAGGACUAGCGAAGCUUAUACAUGCAACCACUGAGGUGGAAGUGGCAGGAGACUGGGCCAACGCGAAACCCAUGCUGGGUCUGGUUGCACAGCAAGCGUACAACAAACUGACACCCGGCAAGACCGUCGAGCUCAACCUCAGCAAAGGACUCUUUGUGAACCUGCCGGACCAGACGCAGUGCUACUUCGUGUGCGAGUCGCGCGGGCUGGAGGCGUGCGUGGUGUCGAGCGUGCCGUUCACGCACCCGUCGCACGUGCCGGCGCUGCUCGCCUGCCUCCGCCAGCAGGCGCUCUUCAACGCGCUGCUCGCCAGCUGCGUGCGUCUGCAGACCAAGCAAGUGGUGGAAUUGGAGAGCGUGUUGAUGUUCGAAGUGAGCGCGUUGUCAUGGCAACACAUAUCGAUCUCGCUGGAGCACCCGCUGGAGGAGAGCAUGGCGACGGUGGAGCUGGAGCUGUCGGACCCGGCGUCGCCGCGCGCAUGCGUGUACACGCUCAACACGCCCGCGCGCGACCACGUCGACGACUACAUCACUAAGGUGCUGCAGAAGAGCCACUCGAUACCGAUCACUUUGAGGUCAUUGAUAAAGAUUUGGGAUCGAGAGGCGGCCACGAAACAAAUGAACGGCGGUUAUUCGGCGCUAGAGCAAAAUUUUAGCUAUGGCGUGGGGGGCAUCGACCCCGGGGGCGAACGCGCCAAACACGAACCGACCACACUCGCGAGGCAAUCAGGCACGUACCUCUCGGAGCAGCAACAUCACUUAUCAAUGAUGUGCCAAGACUCUGCUGCUAGCGAGAGUAAAGCGCAAAUAAUAGAGGAGCGGAAAUCAAAAAAGCGGAAAGCCGAUUCCGAUGCGUGGCCCACCGGUCCAAAAAAGGGCAAGCCUGGCCUCAGUGACAUGAUGGACUCUGACAGUGAGAGUGACAACUCAGACGCCUACGUCAACGAAGACGACAAUACAAUCAACAGUAACUCGACGAACGAAGACAUAGAGGGUCAAGAGUCGUCCGUAUCGCAAAACGAAUUCGCGUCGGAUCUGGAACUGUCUGGAAUGGAUGCUACAGAUGCGCUAGGUGGCCAGGACAACCGGACCUCCUCCGACAUGGACAACUCCAACGAUGGAGACGUUGAAGACUUGAUUAGGAAUUCUUUUCAGAAGUCUGAUCACAAAAGGCAAAAGCUUAAAAAUAAAGAACCAGAAGUAAGAAGGAAUACGUCGUCCCUACUAUUAGACUUAACCGAAGGGAAGUCGUACAUGCCGUCGUCGGUUAGCAUUACCCCUAUAGGUUCCACUCCCUCAGGUACAGGAGCGACAGGAUCUGGAUCGAGUUUAUCUUCAAUGCUCUGUUUGGAUCGCAGGCCCGGGAUAGAGAUAAUUCCGAUCAGUUCAGCGGCACCGGCUGCCCUGCCCAGCUCGAUCACAAUAACACCCAUAACAUCAUCGCAAAUGAAAUCAAUGGAUGACCGAAUCAGAUCUGAAAAGAAGUCAAGCAAAUCCGGAGAAGAAAGGAGCAAAGAAAAGAAAAAGAAACGGAGGCGGGACGACUCUAUGGGGCCCCCGGAAAAAGUUCCGCCCAAACAAGAUCCGUUAACAAAGCCUGUCUCGGUGAGCAUCAAGCCUACUGACGGAUCCCCUUUAAGGCCCACGUCCCCAAACUCUCUGCUUAGAAAAUUUAGUCCAAGUCCGACUCACGGUCGCUCUGUGUCUAUAACAAAGUCUCCGAGCCCCAGUACAGUAAAGGGCCUAGGCAAACCCUCGGGAUCGUCUAGCCACCACAGUAGCCCCCGGCAUUCUCCAGUUCAGAAUAGCCCUAAACAUUUUCCUGGAUACUCGAGUCCAAAAAACCAUAGUAUAUCCUCACCGAAACACAGUUCGUCAGGUUCAGGAAAACCUAGCAUGUCGGCUUUAAAGUCGGCAACUAGCGGCUCACCAUCUGGCAAAUCUGGCACUACGGGUUACGACCUCUCAAAAAAGAUUUCUAAAGAUAGUUACGGGUCCAGCUCAAUGUCAUCAAGAGACAAAGAAAAGAAACAUUCUGGUUUGUCUUUUUCUAGUUCCGGUAGAAGUAGUCCGAAAUUAAAAAACCCCAUAAAGUUAAAACAGUUGGAAAUAACGCCCGUAUCUUGUGACAGUUCUGUUACUGAACCGUUAAUAUCCCCACCAAAUGUAGAAGUCAAGCCAAACGCAAGUCAAGCUCGUAAUAGAAAAGGUUCCCUAAGUGCUGUUAUAGAUAAACUUAAAUCUGCCCAACAUUGUGGUGGUGACGGGGAUUUAAGUUCUAAAUCUAGUGGAUCUUCGAGUAGUGUUAAUAAAUUUUCUGAUCAAAAAAACAGUUUACCAGGUGGCAGUACGAAACUCAGUGAAAGCAAAAAUCAGGAAUAUAUGGUCAAGCCCAGUUCGGAUGGUAUGAAAAUUACAAUUAAUAAAACUAGGAGUAAGGAGUCAUCGAGCAGUAGUUCAAAGUUAAAUUACAGCAGUUCAAGUUCGAGUAAACAGUCGUCUCCUCAACUCACGCCUCCUAGUCAAGGUUCACCCAAAACGCACACAGGACUUAAACCUGGCGUUAUAAGUGGGCCGGCCUCAAAAAAAACACAGGCGAUGCAGUCAUCUAAAUCCGGUAGCAUAACACCCGGCUCGACGCCACCUAAAUCUAACAUGAGCCCUUCGGAGUCAGCAGGCUCAAACCCAAACAUGCCUAAAGUGCCUUAUUCAAAGUCAUCAAGCAGCAGUAGUGCUGGUAUAAACCUUUCAAAAUCUGCUUCUAAGUCUAGUUCAGGUUCUCCCAAAAGCAGCAGCUCUGAUCUUGCUAAAAUCAUAAGAGAUCGAGAAAGGGAAAAGGCUAGGACUAAACUAAUGAGUAAUUCGGAAAAAUCAAUAUUUUCUUCAAAGUCCGAACGGCACUCUAGUCCUAGUGGUUCACGCGAUGAUGUAGACGGAGACAGGUACAAAUCUAAAGACGCAAAUUUUCUCGUUGAAGGUCUAAUCAAACCUCUAGACACGAGUAAAUUUCAAAUACCCAAGUUAAAAAACCAAAACACUCCCGACAAAAAUAGUCCAGCAGCACAAUAUGACAGCCGUUCCUUAGUAAAUGACUUCACUCGCAAUUUAGAACAAAAUAAGUAUGCUUUUUCUCAUUUUGAUAAUCCAAAUCGAACUGUGGAUUCGCUACAAAAAUCUGGUUACCCUUUAAAUGUACCCAAACCGAUGUCAGACAGACCACUGGAAUAUUCAAAAGCCUUAACAGAUAGUAUAGCUAAGGGGGAAAGUCCCCAACGAAAUAAAGACGACGUCAAAGAAAGUUGCUCAGGGCCCUUUCCUAUGAUGCCCCUUGAUUUCAAAACUGAUAUGGCGAAGGGGUUUCCCGCACCUAAAGGCAGCACAGAAGACAGGAAAGGCGCGGAUUCAUGUAUGAAACCUCCAGCUAGCGGGUCCGUGGCGAGAAGCGGGGCUACCACACCGCAAGAAGCCGCUGAAAUGCUUCUCGACUUUUCCUCCUCCUCAGGAAGCAAGGUAUCCGGAAUGGUAGCUGUUCGACCUGUAUACCCGGCGUCGCCUGCUCUAGCUUUACAAUUAGCUAAAAGUCCGGCUCCAUCGCCUUUAAUCGCCGCAUCGCCUCAUUCAAAUUCUCCCUGUAUCACCGAUGACGAGCUCAUGGACGAAGCCCUCGUCGGGCCUGGCAAAUGAGAACAGGUUGACCUCCCCGCCAAUGCAAGUAGCUCUGGCACUUUUAUGUACCGGUAAAAACUAUUCACCAGUUUUGAAAUAAUUACCGUAUAGCCAUUGAUUGUUCUAGCCGUGAAUAUGUGUUUAGUAUUAAAAGCUUUUGUUAUUUAUAAACUAUAUUUAUUUAAGUUAUGAUCCGAAUGAAUACAAUUCUCUCUUCUUUUUAAAUAUUUAAUAAUAUAACGUAUUUCAUGUUUUAACGACCACGUUUAUAAUAAUUAUGUAUUUAACAAAUUGUGAUUCGUAUAAAUGUUAUAGGAGGGCGAAGUGGUGGUGUCAUACCUUAAAAAUAUAAAAGACGUAGUUUACAUAAGUUCACAUGUUACUGGUUAUUGUUAACAAAAGAACCACUUUGAAAUAACUGCCAUGAAUGUAAUACAACUUUGUGUACAACAAUAUUCCUAAGUGACACAUAGCAAACAAAAUACAAUUUACAAUUAAUGUAAAUAGGUGAAUUUAUAUAAUAAUGGUAUUGAAUUGAUUAUAUUGAUAAGGCAUUUAUGUUUAAAGAUAAAUGAUUUUUUAUAAAUAAAUAUCAUAAAAAUACAAAAUAGUUUCCUA